AGCUAGUUGUGUUGGUGCAAUAUUUGCGUCACAAGUUGCAGGCUCUUGUUGUUCGAAGACUCAAGUCUCCGUCCCGACCUUUAUCACAAGUCGAUGAGGUACAAAUUUGUUUGUCCAUUCCUAUUUCUAAUUUUCGUUUAAUUUAACGAAUUCGUUCCUACCUAUGACGACAUAAUUAUGACUGAUACAAUAGAAAUACUAUAAAUACAGUCACAAUCUGGUGAUCGGAUGUUGCAUUUCUUUUCAUUGUUUUAAAAAUCCCAUUGUUCUCCAUGCCAUCCGAUCCUAUCUUUCAUUUUGACAUAUUUGUAGGUUAUUUAAAAGGUCUAUAGCGGCUACUUGUGUCAUUAUUUAGACUGUACUGAGAACAAUUGUGAAUGUUUUGACCAUACAAGAGGAAGCUUUGGGUAUAGAUCAACAAUUUCAGAGAACACAGCGAACUUGGAAGACUGGUAUUUUUUAUCAUAUUCUAGUUUUGUCUCCAUUGAAAAUUUGGGAUUUUGCAACUCAACGUACAGUAUGGUUAUAAAGCUAUGCAGUCACGAUCUCUUAUUACAUUUGCAAUUUUUGCUGAGAUUUCUAGGGCCAAAAAAAAAAUAUGUGGGUUUCCGGUUUCCUCUUGUAAAAACUUAGGUGGGGUAGGUCGGUUUAAACUUUUUUUAAACUUUUUUUUAAAUUUUUCUAACAACCGGACGCCAUUUUGUUUAGUCAGUGCUUCCAUAUCCAAACAUAAAUUUCCGUAAUAUUGCCUCAAAUUUUCAUUUUCCACAAACGUUUUCCUCUAAGUGGAAACACUUACAAGCGUGAUCCAAUAAAAAAGUUUAGGGUGGGGAUUUUGACGUCCAAAAGCUAGGUAGGGUCGGGAGACCGGAAGCCCACAUGCAUCUUCUUUUGAUGCAUGUCAACGAGUAGAUGAAUUGUGAAUAGAUGAGUAUACAGCCAAUUCAAAGAAAGGUUAUCCUUUGCAAACCUUAACUCUAAGCGCGCAAAGCUUAAUGAGAGCACAGGUUUGAAGCUUAGUAGUUGAAUAUUGCAGCUAUUUGUGAAUAAAUUGUUCUCGUAAGGAGAUAUUUACCAUGUCUCUAUAAGAAAUGGGCCUCACAUAUGAUUUCUAAACUGAUUAAAUGAUACUCCCAUUAUGCUUUGCACGCUUAUAGCGUUUAAAGUUUAAAGUUUAGAGAGUAAGGUUUGCAAAGGGCAACCAUUUUUGAAUUAGCUGUAUAUGAAGCCUCAUGCAUGUGAACAUUCAAUAACUUAUCAUUUGUUCAAAAUCACAGCAAAAAUUGCGAGUGUAAACAGUCCUUUAUAACCGGCAACUGCUUUCUUACAGUAAAAUAUGUAUUUUAUAAAUGAAGCUACUAAAUGUUAAUUUUUUGUUUCUUUUGUAGGAAAUGUUAUUGGAAGAAUAGAAAACAAGGUAAACCGUCACAUGGAUUUGCUGUAGUUUAUAAACAGAUGAGCAUUGAAACUUAUUUUCAUUCGUUUAAGGUCGAUGAAACUGAUUUUGGCGGCAGAAAUGAAAAGUAAGUCCUCUCAGUACAAUUAUCGAGUUGGUGAUUUGUCUUGAUUAAACUGGAUGUUUAGUAUUCUUCAAGAAAAUAUCAUUCAAGAAAAUCAUAAGCGUGUCGUAUCUUUAUAUGUGAUAGAGAUUUCCCUUGAUUCACAUAAACGUUUGAGUUUAACUUUGAUUUUCUCGAUUUACACAACGUAUUUUUUGAAAAUUACUUCGCCAAUGAACUUGCUAGAUCGAUCGUUUUUGAAGCAACAAAUGUUAGUUAAAUUUGUCUAUUAUUGCUGAAAUUUAUAAAAGUCUCUUAUUUUGAAAAUUAUCAUUUUUGUCAGUCGAGGGAGAGGAAGGAAUUUCAAUAACAACUCUGGCAGGGACAAGAGGCGAAGAGAACCACAACGUAAGAGUCACCUUAGGAGCACUGUGUAUUAUUUAUCAUCUUCAAACCCAUAAUUUUCCGCAUGGUAUAUUCAACAGAUAUUUUCUUUGCGUUUCAGGAAGUUUAAAUUUUGAUGCUUCCCCAAAGUCCCAGGUACUCUUCAAUUCUCACCAGAUAUAUAAUGGUGCUGACUCGGCUUUAUUUACACAUAUUGCGUCAACAGUGAUCUUACUUCUUGUCAUUUAACUGUGAACAUUAUAGAAGGUUUAUUAAAGACUUUAUUAAUUAUUUAUUUGCAGGACGAGUUGGGUCAGAGAAAAGAACCACAGUACAAAUAUGAUGGUGGGUUCAUUAUUUUUCAACUUCAGUUGAAUAGACGAAUUUUUUUUUACUUUGUGUGUUCGAGUUUACCAUUAAUUUAUAUUUUGUAAACAACUUUCUUGCAGUGAGAUAUUUCAUAAUGAAAUGCAACAACCAAAGGAACAUUGAUAUCGCAAUGUCAAAGGUAUAUAUGAGGGUAGCAACUUCUGUAUUUGUCGUUGUGUUGUUUACUUUGACUGGUUUGAAACCUGGUUGUCGUAACUUGUUGUUUUGUUUGCAUGUACGCACGUAAAAACGCACAAGUUGUGACGGACCUGCAGCAGACUUGUAGCAAUGCUGUUUCAACAAUUAACUUGUCAACAGGAUGUGUUCGCACUGCUUGUUCCCAGCUUGUUGACAAGUUGUCAACGGCUUGUUGACAAUUUACUACAAGGUUGUUGAGCUCAACAGACUUGUUACAAACUGUUCCAGCAACUUGUUAUCAAUUCAACAAUUUGUCAACAAGUUGUGAGUGACAACCUCGUAGCAAUUUGAUAACAUAACAGCAUUGUUACAACUUGUUGACAACUUGCUACAAGCCUGUUGAAUCCAACAGACUUGUUGCAAGUUGUUCCAACAACAUGUUAUCGUCCUGCAAUUCAACAACUUGAUAACAAGUUGUGAGUGACAACCUUGUAGCAACGUGAUGGAAUGACAGCAUUGUUACAACUUUAUAACAAACGUACUUGCAGGGAGGUGAGUCCGGGAUUGGACGCACCGAGGGUGGCUGGAAGUUUCCCGAACUUACCGAGCGAAGCGAGGUGAGUUCGGGAAACUUCCAGCCACCCGAGGUGCGUCCAAUCCCGGACUCACCGAACCUGCAAGUACGUUUGUUUUUUAUCCCAUACACCGAGCCAUACACACAUUUGUAGCUCUUCGCGAUAUAUUCGUCGAUGUUUUGUGAACAUUUUCCCGGCCAAAAAAAUCACUGGGCAAGAAAAUACUUCUUUAUCUACGGCUACAUUACCUUUACUGCAUUUUUUCUUUGGUUUUUCUUCAGUCUCAGUAUGUUAGUCACCGAAAAAAGUUCUUUAAAGUUUAGGUUUAUCGGCUAAAUCUUGUCGGCCGCCAUAUUUGUUUAAUAUUGUUAUUGCAACGUAAGCAGUUUAGCGGGUGAGUUCGGGCGAAAAGCAGGUGAGUUCGGCAAAAAGCAGGUGAGCUCGACGACAAGCUCACCUGCUCUAAACCAAUCAGAAAGCCGCUUUUAACACACGUAUGGGAUAAGUUGACAAGCUUGCUGCAAGCCUGUUGCGAACACAUCUUGUUGACAAGUUGUGAGAGUUUUACGUGUGUGCAAGCUAUCAUACCUAGUGGAAAAUUCUCCGAAUGUACUUCGUAUUUCAUUGAGUUGUACAAACUCAACUCAAAGAGCGUCAGAACUUACCUUAGACACACGUAAAAAUCUCACAUCUUGUAGCAAGUCUGCCAACGCACUGCUUGUUACAAGUUGUCAACAAGUUUGGAACAAGCUGUUAACAACUUGUAACAGCCUUGUUGAUAUUAUCAGACUUGUUGCAAGGUUGUUCCAACAAGUCCGAUGCAUUCACGAUAUAACAAUAUUGUUACAACCUUGUGUCGUCAACGUUGUCACAUUCUUGCUAUAUAUCAUGACUGCAUCAGACUUGUUAGAACAACUUUGUAACAAGUCUGAUAAUGCCUUCAAGCUUGUUACAAGUCGUCCAACAGCUUGUUCCAAACUUGUUACAACAACUGGGAACAAGCAGUGCGAACACAACAACUUGUCGAUAGCUUGUGAACAGAUUUGUAACAACUUGUUUGCAGACCUGGAACAACUUGUGCGUUUUUAUAUGUGUGUACAGUACUGUAUAUCAUGGAUACUUCAAAUUAUGUUAUGAAUCGUCUCUUGAAAGUUAAAUUAUUUGCUGUCAAAAUCUUUAACUAUACACUUUGAUUGUUAGGGCAUCUGGGCGACCACACAAGCUAACGAAAAGAAGCUCAAUAAAGCUUUCAAGGUUUGCGAUACAUUAAAUUUAAACUUAUGAAUGCGAUAUGAUUUCAGUUAUUAAAAAUUUGUAUUUUUGUUUAGGAAAGCAGGAAGGUCAUUCUAAUAUUCUCCGUGCAAGGCAGUGGCCAUUUUCAAGGUAAACUAGAAUCAUUAAUAAGCGUCAGUAAAUGGUAAAGCGUUGCUUGCGUUUUCUUAAAUGCACUUGUUAAUGAAAUGUAUUAAAUUUACACAGGUUAUGCACACAUGACGUCACUCAUAAGUCGUGAAAAAUGUCGCGAAUUCGGUUCCAAUCUUCUCACGGGCUCGUUCACGGUCACCUGGCUUAAAUGGUAAGAUUUAUGACAUAUUUUUCCUGUUGGAACUUGUUCUGGGGCGAUUUAGUGGCUAAUACGAUAGAAUAUGAUAAAUUUAUUCGAUGUUUUUCUAGCGAGAAUAUUCCAUUUCAACAUGUUCACCAUCUUAUUAACCCGUGGAAUGACAACAAGAAGGUUCAAAUAAGUCGCGAUGGCCAGGUCGGUACACACAUAUGACUAUGAAUAAAUGUACAUUUUCAUUAAGAGGAACAUCGCUAAAACAAAGUCAUUUUGAGAGGAACGCCAAAAGGAUUUUAGGUUUUGAAAACCGCUCAUCGAAAAUACUCGACACGCCUCUUAAUGCGCACAUAUUUUUGGAUGAAAAAUAAGAUUUAUUAUUAACUUGUGGGGUCGGAUGUUUAGAUUUCUAAUGCACCAUGUACAUUUUGAAUACAAAAACAGUCAGAAUAUCAGAAAUAGUAGAGUGUCAGAAAUAGUAUGAAAAAGACUUUCAUUAAUAUUUUACUCCACUUAGAAAUUAAGUCAAUAGCUUCCUUUUUUUCUCUUCACAGGAAUUGGAGCCAAGUAUCGGUGAAGCUCUGUGCAAGGCGUGGUCUACAGAGGUACCCAAUAAACCCCCAAUGAUCCGUCAUACCCACCAAUCCAAUCAAGACAGACAUUACCCGGAGGGUUACAAUCCCCGGUCGGUAGAACAACCGCAGGUCCAACCUCCUACCCAAUGGCAUAGCAUACCGACGUCAGCCGUUCCCGUAGGUCAGUACCAUUCGACCCAGGGCCCUAUAUUGUUCGCUGCCCACCCGGCCUCGAUGCCUAUCCCCGUCCCAAUCCCCACGCAUCAACACGGUCCGACGAUGAUGAUCCCGCAACAGGCAUACCCGCAGAUGCAGGCAACACUAACCUACCCCGCUCAGGCGAUUGCAAUGCAGUCGGCAGCUGGCUAUCCACCCAACCCGCAAAUGCCUGUCGAGGCCCAACCCGGCCAUAUGGGCGUCAUGCAUGUUAUUGGACCUGAGGAGUAUAUGAGCAUGCAGCCACGUUGAAUUAUUACAUAAGAUUCAUUGUAGAGUGUGUUUAUUAGAAAUAGAGUAUAUACACAAUCAAUCGACUUAUGCUCUCGAAACUCGGCACAAAUGCUCAUCAAUUUCAGGCGAUUAGUCAUAAUUCUCGCUCGUGUUUGGCCGCCAACACACGAAAUUUUUUAAAAUUUUUUUUGGCGGUUCGACUUGGAAGAGACGUCGAAAUGUCGCCAUUCGAAAAGUAUUUGAACUGUCGCCAUGAUAUUUCAAACGGUGAAAGCCCAAGGACAGAGGUAUCUGUCGGCUAAGUUUCGUGAGCAUAAGUAGAAUACUCGCUGAGAAAUAAUCGCCCAACUCUCAUGCAUAUGAGCAUAUCAACUUUGAACUGCUUCAAAUUUUGAUGAGAGUUUUUGCAACGCUUGAAAAUAGCUCGUCAUCUCUCAUGAAAUUCUUGUUCCCACUAGAUAUAGGCUAAUAAGUAGAAGUUCCAUAUCAAGACUCGCAAUUUGAGGCAAAUAAGUGGUUUUCGAGUUUCUUAGAAAUUCAUCGUCAGGCUAGUUUGCACUUUGGAUUUGUAAUAAAUUCGAAUUGUCACUUCGAAACUUUGAAAAGGUUAUUCUAUUGCGCAAAUGGAAUUGCCGAUGCAUAUUGUACAUGCAUUUCUGUUUUGUGUUUUUGUUUGUGUAUAUCUCCAAGGACUUCUGGGUUUCCAGGCAACCGUCACUAAGGCUAAUAUUGUUGUGUAGACAACGUUGUUGUGAACGACAUCUUUAAAUAAAGGUGAAUAUGUAUG